UUUUUUGUCUCAAUCUUAAUUGCCAAUAGUUUUUCAUUUAAUUUGAAUCAUUUAAAGAUUACGAUUUUACUGAUUACCUAUCAAAAGAUGUGUGAUGUUUAUUAAUAGAUAAUUUUUAUCUAAAUUAAUGUUGUGUUACAAUCGUUAAACAAGGGACAUUGGUACUUAAAUUGACUCAAGUCUUGAUUAAUUUCCUCUGCUCUCUGGUCACAUCAACAUAAUCAUUUUUGACAAUUCUCAUGCUAAAUAAUGCAUGAGAUUAACUCGCCAUGUGAAUCUCAAGUUGUCAACAGAUUUAAACAUUAAGAUUAAUUUAAAUUUCUCUUUAUUUUCAGUAGAAUAAUCAACCAUCAUCAUCAUCAUCAUCCAGUACCUGGAAUAUUAAAUGUUUGCAACUUUAUUCAAAUUCAUUAUUCUCCUUCCCAAUGACUAGUUUUUUUUACGAUCGUUAAUCUAUUUCUGGAGCUUCCUUGGUGAUUAUCUGAUUAAAUCAGUUGAAAGAAGAUAAAUUGUAUCCAAUUAACUGAUUCUCGACGUCAACAAUACCAUCAACUCUUUGAGAAUCUCUUUCAUUUGUCAAUUUCAAUUCAGUUUGAUUCUCUUCACCGGAUAACAACAACAAUAACAACAACAAGAGCAACAAAAUGAGAAGAGUUUCAACAACAAUCAAUCAAAGUGUUUCUUUCAUUUAAUUGUUACCAGUUUUCUCUUUCUUUGUUAUAAGAAAAGAAAGACUAAAAGAAAGAGGAGGAUAAGGAACAACCAGUUAACCCAAAAUCAGGCCACAAGAAAAUCAACUGAAAGUUGUAAGUUGUUGAUUCCAGUUGAUCGAGGUUACCAGUUCCAGUUGAUCAACUGGUUUUCCUUGAGUAAGAAAAGUGAAAGUACAUCAAGUCAAUUUCUCAUUUAAAUUGUUCAACAAAGGAAAACCUUAAUCUCUAAGUAAAUCUUUAGAGUUUUCCCAUCUUUAAAUCAACCAAUUUCUCCUCUAAUUAACAAUAAUAAUCAAUCGAUUGUGGAUAAUUAUGGUUACCAGUUUUCUAUAUUUAUUCUGUUUGUACCUGACAUCAUUCAAUUUGAUUCAAUCUGCUUCCAUUCCUGGAAAUUAUUCCGAUUCCAAGCAUGGAAUUCAAAUGGGUAAAGUGAUUCAUGGUUGUGACGAUGCUAAGACUAAUUUAGAACUUGAUUGGGAUGGUUCACCCCUGGAUUAUGUUUGUUUCCAUCCCAAAAAUCCUUAUCCUGUUAAGAAGACGAAAAGUAUCCGUAAAUGUAUCGAUCUUCCUAAAGAUUAUUUCCCUCAACACUUUUGUAUGGACAAAAAGCUUACUUAUAAUGUGACCUUACCUACUUAUGGUGACCACAGGCCACUUUGGCCGGUUUUCGGUGAAUAUAAAUAUGUCCCACCACAAAGGUGGCUUCAUAAUAUUGAACAUGGAGCUGUUGUCAUGUUGUAUCAUCCAUGUGCUCAUCCAUCACAAGUCAAUCGAUUACGAGCUUACGUGCGACACUGUAUAAGGAAACACAUAAUUACACCUUAUAUACACCUUAGCCCUGAUAAUCCAAUUGCUCUGAUUACCUGGGGAUGUUCAUUGGAAAUGAGUUAUGUUAAAAAACAAGAAGUUAUCAACUUCAUAAAGGCAACGGCUCUUCAUGGGCCUGAAGGAGAUUAUCCAAAAGAAGGACAAUUUACCAAAAACUUGAUUAAAAUAGCCACAGUUCCAAAUGGAUCUAAUUACAAUGAUACCCAGUUAUGCUCUCUAUUGUGAUCGUUAAUUGCUCACCCAAAGUCAUCUAAUUAUUCAGUCAAUCUAUCCAAAGGAAAAAAUAACAUUUUAAUUACUAUUGAAAGUGAAAAUGUGGGAUUAACGUGCCAUAUAAUUAAACACAGAGUUUAUAUUCAAAUCAAAUCAAGGAGAUGAGAGUAAACAAUCAGAUUUUCACGCCAACAACAAUCUAAUAUUAUACUAAUCAUUUGGAUCUCAACAAUAUCCUGACUUUCGUGAGUUCUCACAAUUACAACUGUUAAUUACUUGGUUCGAAAGAUCAAUCUUAAUGGAUAUGAUUAAAAUCUUCCAAUAGAGUGAUUAAUCAACCAAGCAAAUCUCAAUCCAGACCAUUUGAUUAAUACAACUAAUUUGAUUUCGGUUUAAAAUGAUUGUAAUUACUUAAUUUUCAAACGAGAAAAUUUCAACUUCCUAUUGUUAUGGCAUAAGAAAAAUUUGUAAAUAAUUAAAUCACAAAAUGAUUUGUUCAUAUACUUUACAAUUAAGUCCUGUAAUGACCAAAAAAUUAAACUUUAAUUCAAAUACAA